AGCUAACCGUCUUCCUCUCGAGGUAGCAGGGCCGCUUGGGCCCGUAGGACGCCCCAGAGGAUCGCGGCGCUGGCAUUGCAGCAGCAGCUGAAAAGGACUUCCGGCCAAGCCUCACGGGCCUGGGAAACGGCCCUGCCUCUGCCAGCCCCCGCCCUCCCCACUCGGGCGCACAGUUCCCUCCCUGACGCAUUUUGCCGCACAAGCUGUAAUAUGGCGGCAGCGACCGCGGCCUGAACUCUGGGAGACGGGUUGAUUUUUGAUGCUUCAAAAUCGUAAGACCGAGCACUACUGUGGGGAAGGAGAAAAAAGAUUGGAUCAACUGUCUUUUUUUUUUUUUUUGGUCUUCAACUAAAGGUUGAAGUAUUGGAGCCAUGGGAAUAAAGGUUCAACGUCCUCGAUGUUUUUUUGACAUCGCUAUUAACAAUCAACCUGCUGGAAGAGUUGUCUUUGAAUUAUUUUCUGAUGUGUGCCCCAAAACAUGCGAGAAUUUCCGUUGUCUUUGUACAGGUGAAAAAGGGACAGGAAAGUCAACUCAAAAGCCAUUACAUUAUAAGAGUUGUCUCUUUCACAGAGUUGUCAAGGAUUUUAUGGUUCAAGGUGGUGACUUCAGUGAAGGCAAUGGGCGAGGAGGGGAAUCUAUUUAUGGAGGAUUUUUUGAAGAUGAGAGUUUUGCAGUUAAACACAACAAAGAAUUUCUCUUGUCAAUGGCCAACAGAGGAAAGGAUACAAAUGGUUCACAGUUCUUUAUAACAACAAAGCCAACUCCGCAUUUGGAUGGGCAUCAUGUUGUUUUUGGGCAAGUAAUCUCUGGUCAAGAAGUUGUGAGAGAGAUAGAAAAUCAGAAAACAGAUGCAGCUAGCAAACCAUUUGCUGAGGUACGGAUACUCAGUUGUGGAGAACUAGUCCCCAAAUCUAAAGUUAAGAAAGAAGAAAAGAAAAGACACAAAUCAUCAUCUUCAUCAUCCAGUGAUUCAGAUAGUUCAAGCGAUUCUCAGUCAUCUUCUGAUUCUUCUGAUUCUGAAAGUGCUUCUGAAGAGAAGUCAAAAAAAAGGAAAAAGAAACAUAGGAAAAAUUCUCGAAAACACAAGAAAGAAAAGAAGAAGCGAAAGAAAAGCAAGAAAAGUGCAUCUAGUGAAAGUGAAGCUGAAAAUCUUGAAGCACAACCCCAGUCAACUGUCCGUCCAGAAGAGAUCCCUCCUAUUCCUGAAAAUAGAUUCCUAAUGAGAAAAAGUCCUCCUAAAGCUGAUGAAAAGGAAAGAAAAAACAGAGAAAGAGAGAGAGAAAGAGAGUGUAAUCCACCAAACUCCCAGCCUGCUUCAUAUCAGAGACGACUUUUGGUUACUAGGUCUGGCAGGAAAAUUAAAGGAAGAGGACCAAGGCGAUAUCGAACACCUUCUAGAUCCAGAUCAAGGGAUCGUUUCAGACGUAGUGAGACUCCUCCACAUUGGAGGCAAGAGAUGCAGAGAGCUCAGAGGAUGAGAGUAUCAAGUGGCGAAAGAUGGAUCAAAGGGGAUAAGAGUGAGUUGAAUGAAAUAAAAGAAAAUCAAAGAAGCCCAGUACGAGUAAAAGAGAGAAAAAUAACUGAUUACAGACAUCUAUCUGAGAGUCCAAACAGAAAGAAUGAAAAGGAAAAGAAAGUUAAAGACCAUAAAUCUAACAGCAAAGAGACAGACAUCAAAAGAAAUUCAGAGAAAGAUGACAAAUAUAAAAACAAAGUGAAGAAAAGGGCGAAAUCUAAAAGUAGGAGCAAGAGCAAAGAGAAAUCAAAGAGCAAAGAAAGAGAUUCAAAACAUAACAGACAUGAAGAAAAGAGGGUGAGGUCAAGAAGUAAAGAAAGGGAUCAUGAUGUGAAAGAAAAAGAAAAGCAGUCCGAUUCUAAAGGAAAAGAUCAGGAAAGGAGUAGAAGUAAAGAGAAGUCCAAACAGUUAGAAUCAAAAAGUAAUGAGCACGAUCAUAAUAAAAGUAAGGAAAAGGAUAGACGUGCACAGUCUAGGAGUAGAGAGCAUGAUGUAACUAGAGGUAAGCACAGUUACAAUAGUAGAACAAGGGAACGAAGCAGAAGUAGGGACAGGACCAGAAGAGUGCGAUCUAGAAGCCAUGACAGAGAUCGUAGCAGAAGCAAGGAAUACCAUAGAUACAGAGAACAGGAGUACAGGAGAAGAGGAAGGUCACGAAGUCGAGAGAGAAGAGAAACUCCUGGAAGAUCGAGAAGUAAAGACAGGAGGAGAAGGAGGAGAGAUUCACGAAGCUCAGAGAGAGAAGAAAGUCAAAGCAGAAACAAAGAAAAAUACAGAAACCAAGAAAAUAAGAGUUCACAUAGAAAAGAAAAUUCUGAAGGUGAGAGAAGAAUGUACUCUAAAAGUCGUGAUCAUAAUAGCUCAAGUAACAGAGAAAAAAAGACUGAUAGAGAUCAAAGUCCAUUCUCAAAAAUUAAACAAAGCAGUCAGGACAAUGAGGUAAAGUCCUCCACAUUGAAAAAUAAGGAGGAAGAGAAGACUAGAUCCUCAGUGGAAAAAGAAAACCAAAAAUCAAAGGGUCAAGAAAAUGACCAUGUACAUGAAAAAAAUAAAAAAUUUGAUCAUGAAUCAAGCCCUGGAACAGAUGAAGACAAAAGUGGAUGAGUGAUUUGUGUAAACUUCGUAUUUCCAUCUAUCUCAAAUUUUAAGUUUUAGAGACUUGCCAAUGAAUCUCUUUUAUGUUGUUUUCACUUUUUUGUUUUAUGUUUUUUUUUUUUUUUAAUGUGAACUUCAUUGAGUUGAUCUUUUGAUAAUCUGCAACCUGGAUAAUUUGUACUGCUAAAGUUUUAAUAAACUUGAAAUGAGAAAAAAAACACUUUGGUGUAAUACUGUGUGCUGUGUUUAACUGUUUUAUGAAUGCAUUUUUGUGUUGGAACAGUCUGCCGAUAGUAUCCUGAUCUGUUUAACCAGCCUUUUGGAAACAAGCAUAACUGAUGGUUGUAAUACGUUGUUAUAAAAUCUCGUGUUUCUCAUGAUUAACUAGAGAAGCUACUAGAAUAAAUCUUGUAGAGAUUUAGAUUGCAUUUAUAAUACAAGCUCGCCACAGUUUCUUUACCCAGAAACCAGAUCCUAAUAACUUGAGAUUCUUAGCUCAUCACUUUUGCUUUUAUAGUAAUUUGUGCUUUAAAAUAGUUAUUUAUAUUACACGUCAUACUUCAUAGUUCCAUCCAUAGCUAGUUUUAUAUUAGUGCUUUUCCUAUGUAGUUUUGUUUUACUUAACUGUCCACAAAAAUCAUAAGCGUUUUUUUGUUGUUUUUUGUUUUUGUUAAUGUACUGAUUGUGUUUGAGUUGCUGUUAUACAGCAUUUAACAGGAACUAUACCUUGGAAGAUCAAACUAAUUCUCAAUUCUAUGUUGCUUUUUGUGUCAAGAGUUGUUGCUUUUUAGAAACAUUGUUCUACUAUUAUUACCCUUUUCUAAAAUAAGAAAAAACUUUCUCACUAAAACAUACCACUUGUGCAGGUCCUUAAGCUAGACAGAUUCUAAAAAUUGUUAAUAUCAACACAGUAACUUCUAAGGUUUCUCUUUUGGCCACCAACCUAUAUAGAAUUGAGUGUUAAUAACUCUGCAUGUUUUUUGUUUCUGUUUUUAAAACUCAGACUUCUAAAUCUCAUAGCUGUGAGUUUCAAACGGCAAGAAAAUGCAUCUUCUCUAUAUAUGUAUCACAAUAGGCUAUAGCAUGUUUACGACUUUUUUCUGUUCCGAUGGCUUUAUAUCAUUACUGUAAACAUUAUUUUAACUGGGCAUGUAUAACAUUGACAUAUAGAGUAGAGUAAAAAGUUGCAAAAUUUGAUAGAGUACAGAGUUAAACACUAAACAUAUCCAAAAAGUUCAUUAGAGUUUUAUGUGCUGUAUUUUGCUAUUUUUGUGAUGUGUGGCCUCUUAUUCCAUAAUAUCUCUUUUAAAUAAAACAUUGAACAUCCAGCAAACACAAAACCUGCCUCAUUUGAAAAGGAAUUUCAAAAUUUCAAUAUAAUGGUAGACUCUAGAGAGUUUUAUACUUUAAUACUUGUCAGUGUAGUGUCAAUUCUUAUUACCAAGGUAAAUUCUUGGUAAAUUCAGUAGCAAGCCAAUGCUAUUUGUACUGAAUUAAGCAGUGCUUUAACAUAUUUCUCAUUAUUGAUCAGUACAGCAAUGAUAUGUUUGGCAUUGUAGUAGCAGUUACAGAAUGAAUAGUGUAAUGAUAAUAAGAUUGUUUGGAAUACCUUGAAACAAGUAUCAAAUAUUUACAGUUUUGUUUUCUUUUUCUUGAUGAUAAAAGUAGUAGAUGUUUAUUAUAAUCCAGGGUGGCUUAUACCCUAAAGAGACUGACCACAAACUCACGUUAGGGACAACUGAGUCAGCGUCCAAGCUAUUGUGUAACAUAUUACCUAUUUCAAAUUAUUGUUUAUCUUAAAUUCAGCAUAUUAUUUUUAAAAAUAUUUGAUAUGAAAUAUUUGAGCUUCAGGAAAGGUGCUAUUUAAGAAAGGAUUUUUAAUGACAGCAUAUUUUUAAAAUUCCAUGCUAAGUAAAAAUGCCAUGUUUAAUCUUGGAGCAUUACCUACUAAAUUAUGGACAAGGGCUUUCCAAAUGUUAGAACUUAAAAAAAAAAUGACCAUAGAGGGAAAAUAAUUUCUAUAAGCUGUAUUCUCCUGUUUAGGUUGUCAAAAGAGCAUCUUCAUGCUAAACAUUUAUAGUUCUUUUUAAAAGCUUUGUUAGCUGUUUUUACAGAACAUAUGUGAAGAAAUGGGAUGGGAAUGGACAAUCAACUAGAUUUUAUUUUCAAAAUAAAAAUAGUAUCAGCUGUACCUCAAGGUCUGCAUUUGGAUCUGAAUAGCACAUAGCUCAAAUGAUUCUUUCAUUUUCUUACAUUUUUAGUAGUCGUGCCAUCUUUAGUUUUUACUUCGAACAUUGUUUUCCUAAAAGUCAGCUAUUUCUUUCCCAUAAAAUUGGUUUUACAUUUAUGUUUGAGCUUAUAGUUCAUGUCAGUUAUCUUGGACUUAAUGUCCUUUUAAAGAUAAUUAAAUGAGUUUGUUUUUAUUGCUUGAUUGGGAUAGUUGAGAAUGUUUUUUCAAUAUGUAGAAUUAUUUUCCUGGGUAAGCAGUAUGCCACAGUAAAGAAAUUAAUGUUAAUGAAACGAACAGUGGAGAAGUGGUUUGGGUUGCUUUAAAGCAUUCUUUAAAGUUGUUGCAUUCUUUGAGCAGUGUAGUUUCUAUUAGGUUACAUAAUUGAAGCCUUCAGAAGUUGCAGAGUUUAUCUGAUAGAUAGGUCUUUGCACCAGUGUGGUAUUGAUGCAUGUUGGCUUUGCUGAAUGGCAUUUGACAUUUGUGAUCAGUGGAAAGUUUAAAACAAGAUUCCAUUAUGUUGUGGAUACACAUUGGGCUUCUGGUACUUCAGAUAGUGGCAUUAACUGACAAUUAUAACUUAUUUUCUAGUUUGUAGAUGGAGCGACUUAGUAUAUUUUAUAGUAGUAAAUUCUUCACUUGCUAGUAGUUUUCAUCACACUGAACAUUUUAUAGUGAACUUCUGCAGAACCUUGUGUUUGCCUUCACAAGAAUGUACAUUAAAUACACCAAUAUAGCUGACAGUUAUUUUUUUAAAUGGUCUGCUUUUAGUAAUUAUUCAGUUUAGGUUUUAUACAUUUACAAUUGGAUAAACUCUCCAAGGAUUGUAGGUUGAUGUGAAAAGAUGUGUUGUAAAAAGAUGUGUUUUGUUAUAAAUACUUGUUUAAAAAUUAAUAUGCCCCAGGAAGUGUAGCAUUGACUGACACCUGCCUUUGUGGGCUUCUCAACUGCCUUUAAGGGAUUUUCAGGUACAUACAAAACUCUGGCCUGUGGUGUGACAAAGAAGUAAAUAUUAAAGGAAGAGAAAUAU